CGAAUUUCCUCAAAUCCCUUCCAUUCCAUUCACGAAACUGAGUAAAUCCAAUGGGAGCGCAUUGCUACGAAGACCUCGCUUUGCCGGCAGACGUCGCCGGAGCUCCGCCGCAGGCGCUCCGAUUCUCGAAGCAUGUGUACGACAACGUUCACGGAAACAUCUAUCUCGAUCCUCUUUGUUUAAAAUUCAUUGACACUGAACAGUUUCAGAGGCUUCGUGAGCUGAAGCAACUUGGCGUGACAGACAUGGUAUAUCCAGGAGCGGUACAUUCCAGAUUUGAGCAUUCUCUAGGGGUAUACUGGCUUGCAGGUGAAACUGUUCAGAAGCUUAAAACAUAUCAGGGAGCGGAGCUUGGUAUUGACCGCACCGAUGUUCAGACUGUGAGACUUGCAGGACUUCUUCAUGAUAUUGGGCACGGUCCUUUUAGUCAUAUGUUUGAGCGUGAGUUCCUUCCAAAGGUUAUAAGUGGCUGUGAAUGGUCUCAUGAGUUAAUGUCUGUGAAAAUGAUUGACUAUAUUGUUGAUUCACACCACAUUGAUGUUGAUGCUGAAAUGAUGAAAGGAGUGAAGGAAAUGGUGCUAGCUAGCACUGAAUUUUCACAGUUGAAAGCCAAUGCAGAAAAGCGCUUCUUGUAUGACAUCGUCGCAAAUGGUCGCAAUGGGAUUGAUGUGGACAAGUUUGACUACAUUGUCCGUGACUCACGAGCUUGUGGUCUAGGAUGCAAUUUCCAAUUCCAAAGACUGACAGAGACAAUGCGAGUUUUGGGAGACGAAAUCUGUUAUCGUGCUAAGGAUUAUCUCACUGUCCACAAGUUAUUUGCAUCUCGUGCUGAUCUUCAUCGGACAGUCUACACACAUCCAAAAGUAAAGGCUAUAGAGCAUAUGCUAGUAGACGCUUUAGUGAAGGCCAACAGUUUCCUGGGAAUUUCUUCUUAUAUUGAAGAUCCAUCUCAGUACUGGAAGUUGGACGACACGAUUAUUAAAACCAUUGAAACUGCACCAAAUCCGGAACUUGCAGAAUCCAGAGAACUGAUUCUCCGCAUUCGCAGAAGGCAGUUGUAUCAGUUCUGUAAUGAAUACGCUGUUCCUAAGGAUAAAGCGGAGCAUUUCAAAAAUGUCACUGCAAAGGAUAUCAUAUGUUCCCAGAAACAUGGUGGCGUGACAUUGAAAGAAGAGGAUAUUGCUGUCAGCAAUGUGAAGAUUGAUUUGGCUCGUGGAAGGCAAAAUCCUCUUGAGUGCAUAAACUUUUACAAGGAUUUCGAGAGCGACGAGAAAUUCGCUAUACCCGACGAGAGAAUCAGCCACUUGCUACCGACAACAUAUCAGGACAUGAUAGUUAGAGUUUAUGCCAAGAAACCCGAACUGGCCAGUCACAAACCCAUCAUCCAUCCACCAGUAUAUUAUUCAUUCCGCUGCCAAAUCUUAUCACACGACAAUAACACAUCUAUUCCAUGUCUUGUAUGUUGUCAGGUCGAAGCAGUGUCCGAAGCUUUCGAGAACUUUCAACUGAGAACGUACGGCAUCAAGGCCCAAGUACACGCCACUCCGGAGAAGAAAAAGAAACGGCGCGUGAUGUAGACUCGCUCACGCUCGUCGUUAUACGGUCUCCGCCAUUUUGGUACAACAUUAAUAUCCACCUUCCCCUUUUUUUCCCCAACAGUAAAAGGCUGUAUAUAUACUGCAAGUCCGCGACACAGUAUACAACACGUAAAUAACAAAAAAACGGAACAAUACGGUGACGUAUUCACCUUCAUCAAUUUCAUAUAUGUGAAAAACCGCGUUUACUGUUUAGGGUGUGGAUGGAUGAUA